AACGAAACCAACAACGGGCCCUUCGUUGAGCAAGUCAACGACCGCCACCCGAGCCAUCCUCGAUCGUCGUCCAUAUGGUGCUGCCCACGUCGACCUUGGUCGAGGACCCCGAAGUGCGCCGAGCGCUCGCGCGCCGGUCUCGCGACACCGAGCGCGUGAAAAAGCUGCACGAUGGCCGCCUGCGCAACAAUGGCGCGGACAUCAUUGGCAUCAAGAAUCAACUGAUUGAAAAGGAAGCGCGGGCGGCUCGCGAAGCCCACGACGAGCUAGUCUAUGUCCAAGAGCAGGAAUCCAUCCGCCGAUACCUCAGUCGCGUCGAGGCCGACGAGGCGGCCCAGCGACACGACGAUGCCGCCAAGCUCCGCCAAGAAUGGCUCAGUCAAGGGCUGACACGUGGCGAGCGGCGAGAAGCCGACAUCGCACGCAGCACCAAGGACUUUUCCGCGCUCAAUGUGGACGCGUGCUCGGUGGCGACGGCUCAAAAGUUUGACGGCGAAGAUCUCGGGCGGCACGAGCGCCGUCGAGUGCAAGCGUCUCAAGUGCGCGACUGGACGCAGAGCCAGCUGGACGCCAAGCACGCCAAAGCCGCAGACGACUUGGAGCGGGACCGGCUGUACGACGAGACGAUGAAGGGCGUAGGCGAGUUGCAGCUGCAGGCAGAGGUCGAGUACAACCGCGAAAAGACCAAGCUGGCAAUUGAAGUGCGCCGGUUCAACCAGGCCAUGGCAAGUGCCACCAAGGACCACGAGACCGCGCUCGACGAACUCAACGACCGCGUGGACCGAGGCGAGAUCGCCGCCACGGUGCAGAGCAACUUUAUGAGUGAAAACGCACUUCAAGCGCACACGUCCAACCCCCACCGCGUGCGGGUGGACCAUUGGAAGGGUCUGUCCAAGGACGAAGUCAAGUCGAUCGUGCUGUCCAAUCACGAGCUGGUGCAAGCCAAGCAGCAGCGACAUGCGGCGGAAGCCGAGGACGAGAUGGAGCGCAGCCACGUCCAAGACGGCAUCCGACGGCAGAUGGCCGAGAACGAGUACGCCGCCGACAAGCACCGGGCGUACACUCAACUGGAGAUUCAAGCGACACUCAAGCGGCAGGUCCAGCAAGCCAAGGACAGAGAGCAAAUGCAAAAGGAGCAAUCCCAAGGCAAGAUCGACACGAGUUUUUUCAAUUCGUUUGGACGGUCGUUUCGAUAAACAACAAAUAUACCCCUUUCCAUGAGGCAUACUACUAACUACUACAUGCAUGUAACCGAACGUGUGGUGAAAGGACGAG